AUGCUGUGUAGUAUUGAUACAAUCGUAAAAAUUAUUCAGGCUCGAGAAACUGGUAAAGACGAAUCGAAUUUUAUUGUUGUAUGGGCGUUGGCUGUUUAUCCAGUUGAGAGUGAAGACCGUGAAAUGGAAGUUACUCUUUUUGUUCCAGUUAAUGAAUAUGAGAGGGAUCCUAACGUUCAAUCAGUCUUUGUAAAAAGUGAAUAUUAUAGCGUUUGUGGAAAAGUUGUGCCUGGAAUGUAUAACGGUAAACCGAGAUUAAAU